GACGACGUACUAAUACCAGUUAUAAUUGUUCAUACAUAUACAUGUUAGGUCACUUCAAGCUGGUAUAUUUCAACUCAGAAUCGAAACAGAGCCUAGCUACGGUAGGUAAAGUAAAUAUAUAAAUGCACGAUUUCGACGUGUGUAAUGUAUCAUAGCGAACAGGCCUUUAUCAGAUAUCCAGAAGUCUACCACUAGGCCAUAAACGAUACAAACUGCAAAAAGCAAAACAACAUCUCUAUAUUAUUAUAAUAUAGUUUUUUUUUCGUCAAACCCUGUAUUUAUUUAGAAACUUCAAGUUAGCGCGCGCUUUGGUGCCGCUUUAUCAGAGCCAGUUCUCUUCUUUCGGUCGUGAUGCUAGUUUUGCCUUUGUUUAUUUACCAAUGCUAUUAGGAUGUCAUCCACGCCACGGAGAAGCCCGCGUAUGAACAGCGUCCAUUCGCGUCCUAUCCGCUGCUGUCGUCUGCUAUUGAUGCUGUGACAGCCAUAAACUAUUGAUUCCAAAUCUCUCUUCCAUCCAGCCACUUAUGUUCGCCGUGCGUUCGUCCGUUUGUCAGUCACGUUUUCCCAUGAAUUCUCAUAUUUCAACACUGACUGAAAGAAAUCAUGGUAAGUGUGGGUGUCCCCAGUUUCGCUGGGACUGUAACCGUCACCUGGAUGCAGCUAACGCUGUGGCCGUCGUCAUUGCAGUUAGCAUCACAACCGUCGAACAGUCGCAAGCAUUGUCGUAGUUGCUGACACGGGUUAAUUUAUAGGAAGCAUCUGAGCGAUAAUUGCUCGGAAAAACCAACUCCUCACUAAUCGGUGAUUGUCCAAGCUGGGGCUCAAUUUGCAGCAUCUUUUGGAGUAGUCUCAGUUAAAGCUGAAGCCGCCGUAUUUGCAGCAGCAACAUCAUUUGGAGGUAGGAAGCAGAGCCGUUCGACAACGUCAAACGUCCUCCUUUCGAGUGAAAGAACGACGGAGUGGAGGAGUAUACGUUCGUUCUUUCAUCUGCCAGUCGUUGACGUUGUAGUUUUCGGUGCAUUUGCGUGGUGCUGUGAAGUGAGCGAGUGUGUGGCCAAGCUAUCGAAACCUACGAACCGUCUUAUUGCUGCCGUUGCUGCAGGCUGUCAGUGCCUGAUUCCUGUAUAUUCCUCUAGUCUACGACGGGUGUGGUGCUGAUGUGUUGCGGCCUUGCGCACUUACCACUAAUGGGCGCACCCACACAUAGCUAAGCGUCAACGUCAAGGACUGCCAGCGUUGUCGGGCGGCCGGAGGAAUAGCGACAGUCAGCAAAGCAUUCCGAACUGAAUGUCGCUGCUGCUGUUGGCUACAAGAGCGGCUCCCGCGACAGCCGUGGCGCGGCUGCUAUCUACUGUGAUCAGCAUAUGUGGCGAGUCGAUACAACGACAGUAGCGCGCCUACGGAAGAUUUAAGGACUGAACGGACAAACAGACCGAUCAAUAGACAGACAGGCAGGCGGGCAGAUCCUCAAGCGAUCGAGUGACAAACUGGAGAACGAACAGACGCGAGUGGACAGGCUCGUUCAGAUAGAAGACACGGUUAUCUAAAACCUUUUUUGUUAUUCAAUAACUGUUUGAACCUAGUAUGAGCAUUACUACGGGCCGAUCGACGGGUUAACGACAGAGGCACAACUCCCCCUCAGUGUCACGAUUUCCAACUUCGUUGCCGUCGCCGUUACCAUAACCGAAACAGCAUAGAAACAAAAAUCGACAGCGUCAAUAAUAACAAGAGAAGCACUGUGCUCUACAGAAAAACAAGCGAGUCUUGACGAAGUCACAAAAAACGAAGCAGAAACCAAGAGGCGCGCGAAGCUAGUACGGGUAGCUUGCUCGCUGGAUAAAUUUCAAGAUGGCAGACGAAAGAGCAGCUUCCAAGAUGAAGAAGGUUGGCCGUGAGGCGUCUAUCCAAAUCGCCUCCGGUGGAUCAGCGGGCUUUGUUGAAAUCUGUCUUAUGCACCCACUCGAUGUAGUGAAAACGCGUUUUCAGGUUCAGAGCAGUGUAAGUGAUCCAGAACGCUAUCGAAGCAUCGCCGAUUGCUUUCGUCGUAUGAUACGCAGCGAAGGGUUUUUCUCUAUCUAUAAAGGUAUAUUCCCGCCGAUUCUGGCCGAGACGCCGAAGAGAGCCGUGAAAUUCUUCACAUUCGAGCAAUAUAAGAAGGUGUUUCGGUAUGGUACGAAGGACACUCCGGUUUCGUUGUCAAUGGCUGGUUUAUUCGCUGGACUUACUGAAGCGGUGUUUGUUAAUCCCUUCGAAGUGGUAAAGGUGCGCCUGCAAACCGAUAAGAGUAAAGUAUCCGAUCAAAUGACGACCUACCAAGUUGCGCGGAGGAUUCAUCGAGAGGGUGGUUUGGGCUUGAGGGGUCUCAAUCUCGGUCUGACGUCCACCAUGAUGCGCAACGGCGCCUUUAACAUGGUUUACUUCGGCUUUUACUUUUCGGUAAAGGAUGUUUUACCGAAGACAGACAAUGAAGCUGCAACACUUGCACUGCGUAUUCUGACAGGCUUCACAGCCGGAACACUGGCGUCAUGCUUCAACAUUCCAUUUGAUGUGGCCAAAAGUCGCAUUCAGAGUACAGGUCAUAUUCCCGAUACCAAGUACAAGGGAUGUUUGCAAAGUGUGGGCCUUGUUUAUCGAGAGGAAGGCUUCCGUGCAUUAUAUAAAGGCCUCGUGCCUAAGGUGUUAAGGCUUGGUCCAGGUGGAGCUGUCAUGCUUGUUGUCUACGAGCAUAUGCGGGAAUUCCUCGAGCAUAAAUGGCCCCCAUAUAAUUAAAUUGAAAUAAAUAGUGUCACGCCAACAUGAAACAUACACAUGUGGUGAUACCAUUGUAAUCAUCUCUUUGAAAAAAAAAUGUCGUAUAUUAGUUCCCAGAAAAGCCGGCUGGUCCUGUUUUUGGUUUAAUGGGAUAAUGAAACGCAAUCUUGAGUUGAAUGAAAGGACAUUCCACUUUUCUAGCGAAGGUACCUCGCUCAGUCGAGGGCCACAUUGUUAGUGCCCGGCGCUUGCUAGAAGCGUUCGGUUGGUUAUCUUGCAUGUGGAUGGGUUAGCUAACCGGCACACGGCUGAACACUCAGCUAAUCAAUGCACAUAGAGUUAACCGAAGGGAUUGGUGAAAGUGGUCCUACGUUUGUGAAUGAAAGUAGCCUUACAUUUGAAAUGAUCAAAAUGGGAAGAAUAGGGCAUAACGUUCGCAAAAAAGAUGAAAUAGUUGUUGGCUUUGUUCGGGAUAAACUGUGUUUUUGCACUUGGAAGAAUGGACCAUUAUUGGCAUGCGGCCAAGCUCAAUAAUAACUUUUCCACCUCCAAAGCAGACUUUUUAGUAUUCAAAUGUGUAUCUCGAUUCUCAAGAUUGCUUGUCUCGUAUACGAAGGGCUUUUUACCAUAUGUGAAUGUACCGUUACAGUAAGACUAUAAAUACGCUGGACUACUUUUAACAGUGCCUUUCUGAGGUCUAUUUUCUAGGUUGUAAGGCUACGUUCACCAUCACCUGUAUUUUGUUUACGCUAUGUGUCAGUUGAGGAAACUGAAGUGAGGAUAUGGGAUUUACACGAACAGUAACAUUCCGGUCAGCUCUCUCUAAUGGAUGUCUUUCUAUCAAAACACCUGCCUUUCAGGUGCAGUAUUACUUAUUUAGGAAAAGACGCUAUAUAAAAUGGAAAUUAGUCUUUCGUACUUUUUUUGGAAGGAUACCUUACCUAACGAGCAGAAGACAGUGUUUACGCAACAGAAGAUGACAAGAAUGAAUGAACGAUCUAGUUGUGACUAGUGUGUCCCUGGCUUCAUCUGCACCAUGAACUGUGGAUCCGUACUUGAUAGGCAUUUUUUUGCGAAUACCGCAGUAUGAUUAGUCAUUUUCUGGAUGAUUUCCUGUUCUCACUGAUAAUUUAAUUGUGUUCACUAUUAUUGUAUUUUGAUCUUUCUAGCUCUCAUACAUCCAGGAAAGACACGAUUGUAAUUAAUUGGUGCUAUCAUCGUCUAGGCACGUGUUACGCUAACUAGAACAGAUGUUGCAUGAUUGCACAUCGUGCCGAUGGCAAUAUUAAGAACUGCAAUGUCAUUUUUAAAAUUAAAUAAGUGUCAUUUUGUUGUUUAUAAUAAUAAACUACAAAAUGACAGUUACUUAAUUUUCCAUAAAUUUUAAUUCUGUUAACUUUAAUGUAAAUUCUGGCGACUUAAGUUGACUGGCGAUUUUUUGUAUGCUCGACAACGGGUUGGAUUAAGUUGCCUGAUUGACAGGAUUCAUUGACUGAUUAAAGAAGAACCUUAGAUGGUAAAGAACUUUUUAAUUCGAUAAUAGCAGACUGGCUCCUUUUGUUCAAUAUGACAUAUUGUACAGAGGGAGAAGGAGACGAAAACAGUGUGACUAAGUGCACACACCAAUAUGGCGACCGAUUUUCUCUACACGUAAAGAAGGCUUAUAAGUAGGAUCCGAUUGUGCAAUUCAUUGUGAAAUCGUAUUCAAAAGCUUCAGAAGAUCUUAUACAAUUUUUUUUACAGUAUAUGACAUUUACAUUAUGAACAUGUGAACUGAGGUAUUAAGAAAAAUAAAAUGGAUUGAAAAUCAUAUUUUCAUAAACAAAAGAAAACACGAAAAUAAACCCUAAGUCGACCAUGGUCAUGAUGAUAGCAGUUCCGUAAUAAUCGGAUAUCGCUAGUUCAAGGAAAUGAUAUAUCAUAUAGUAUUCGCAAUGACUGAGAUGUAGCCGCAUAGGUGACAUCAAUAUUCAGAAUUUUAAAACGUUAUUUAGUGAAUCCGAUCGUUGUCAGAAAACGCAAAUAAAUUUGCUUAUUUCUACAGUCUUCCACAAUUAAAUAGGCGACAUUGAUAUAACCUGAUGUAUUCUAAUGAAGUACGUUAAUAUAUAUUACAAAAGCUUAAGAAAUAUAAAUAUAUACGAAAUCACAAUUAACAACUUGGUUAUUUUCUUACUUAGAGGUUUGUAACGGCACCAAUCCGCUUCCACUUCAAAACAACCGAUGAUGGAACAUCUACGAACUGUACACGAAAUAGGAAACCUUUUUAUCCUAUAAUAAAAAAUCUGUAAAUUGGCUAGAUGACUAUAUAUAUAUAUAUAUAUAUAUAUAUAUAUAUAUAUAUAUAUAUAUAUAUAUGUAUAUAUAUAUACGUCUGUAAUGUGUGCAACAACGGUAAGUUCAGGCCUUAGGGUCAAGAGUGAAAAAAUAU